AUGGCUCCAAUUACUGCUAAGAAAAAUGGCAAGAAGCAUGCUCUCAAGCUAAAGGAUACCAAAGGUGCGAAGAAAGCGAAAGUCGAGGUGAAAUCCUCGUCUUCCAGCGAUGAAAUUGCGUCAUCGUCAGACGAAGACGACGACGUUGAAUCAGGCGUUCUUGAUGGUGAAGAAUCCGAAGAAGAAGAUGAGCUAGACGAAGUUUCCGAGGAGGACGAACUAGAUCAGGAAUCUGAUGAAGAGCAAGCCGAGCAGAAGGAAGAAAGUGGUUCUGAUGAUAACGAAAACGAAGAGGGCUCGAGCGAUGAGAAGAAAGCAGGCAAGGAAGGACCAGGACAGCAUGCAGAACAAAGAAAAUUGUUGAAAGAACGUAAAAUGCAAAGAAAAUCCGGUGCCGAAGUCCAGCAGAUCAAAUCGCUGUGGGAAAGACUGCGGGUGAACAACCCACCUGUUCCAAAGCCUGUACGUGAAAAGCUGUCCAACGAAGUCUGGGAGCUGUCCAAGGACUGUAUUAGUGAUCUAGUGAUGAAACACGAUGCCUCGCGUGUUGUGCAGACGCUGGUGAAAUACUCGUCCAAAGAGCGUCGUGAACAGGUGAUCAACGCGCUUAAGGGCAAAUACUACGUUCUGGCCACUUCGUCGUACGGUAAGUACCUAUUGGUCAAACUACUGCAUUACGGAACCAAGCAGUCGCGGCAGGUGAUUAUUGAUGAGCUGCACGGCUCUCUCAGAAAGCUAAUGAGACAUCGUGAAGGUGCUUACGUCGUGGAAGAUCUGUACGUUUUGUACGCUUCGCAGGAGCAGAGACAGCAGAUGCUUCGUGAAUUCUGGGGUGCUGAGUACGCCGUUUUUAGAGACGCUCACAAGGAUUUGACUCUUGAGCAAGUAUGCGAGAGUAGCGCAGAGAAGAAAAACAUUAUCUGCAAAAACUUGAUCGGAACCAUCAGUGCAUCGGUGGACAAGGGCUCCACCGGAUUUCAAAUUUUGCAUGCCGCUAUGGGCGAAUACGUCAAGAUUGCCGGUGACAAGGAGAUCUCAGAAUUUAUAGAGGUGCUCGAGGACAAGUUCGCAGAGCUGGUACACACCCCAGAGGGUGCCGAGGUGUGUUGCACCCUAAUAGCGAGAGCUACUGCCAAGGAAAGAAAAACUAUCAUUAAGAACUUGAAAGACCACGCGGACAAUCUGAUCAGAAACGAGCAUGGUAAUACCGUCUUUGUCACUGCUCUGAUGUGCGUGGACGACACAGUCAUGAUGUUCAAGUCGUUCGGACCUGCUAUUAAGGAUCGUCUGCAAAGCAUUGUUGUCGACAAAUUCGGCAGAAGGCCUUUCUUGUACAUUCUGCUCGGACUAGACGGGAAGUACUUCUCUCCUGUCGUCAAAACCGAGCUGCAAAAGUACAUCAAACUGUCGGAGAACACUUCUAAGAAGCCAUUUGAGCAGAGAAGGAAAGAACUUCUAAACAAGUUUGCCCCAAUGUACCUAAGCACCAUCGCCAAGUACUACGACCUAAUUUUGGAAGAAAAUCUCGGGUGUCAGUUUAUCAGCGAGGUUCUUGUCAACGACGAGUUUUACGAGCAGCUUGGUGAACAAGACAAAGCCAGGUUCCAAGAAGUUAUCGACACUAUUAUCGCCUAUUUCAAGGGUGACAUCACGGAUGAAAAGCACCCAAUUCACAGACCUUACUCUGUUAGACUAUUAAAAUCUUUGAUUCAAGGCGGGAAAUGGAAUGCGAAAGAGAAAAAGCUUGAACCACUGCGUAGUGUCCAAGGACUUGGACACGACUUCGCCCAAAAGUUCUACGAGGACAUCAUUGACGAAACUAAUCUACUGGAUUGGAUCAAUAACGUCGAUAGUUCUUUCACUGUCGUAGCGCUGUAUGAAUCGCUGUCGAAGGCUGGAGAUAAAAAACUCACAAAAGACUUGAAAAAAGUGGCUAAAAAGAUCGAUCAAGAGAGCAACAAUAACAAAGGCGCUCGUCUACUCGUCAAGCUCAUGAACGAGAAGGCCUAA